CAAAUAACAAGAAUCUACUUUAAUCAAAAAAAAACAAGAGUUUUUGUGGUGGAAGAUUGUUUUUCAUUUUCAUAAUUUGAAAUGACGCAGUUUGCACUAUUUUUCCCACUAUUGACCCUCGUAGUUAUAAGCUUAGCCGGAACGGCGAAGGUAGAGGCUGCGACGGGAUUGAACCCACCGGUGAAGCUGGUUUGGCAUUAUUACAAAGUUACUAACACUUGUGAUGAUGCAGAAACUUAUAUUAGAUACCAAGUUGAAAAGCUUUAUAAGAAUGAUAGUAGCAUUGCUCCCAAGCUACUUCGUCUCCUCUAUUCAGAUUGUAUGGUUAAUGGAUGCGAUGCUUCUGUUCUUUUGCAAGGGCCAAACUCAGAGAGGACGGCUCCACAGAAUCGAGGACUUGGAGGUUUUGUGGUAAUCGAUAAGAUAAAACAAGUUCUUGAAUCACGUUGUCCUGGUGUCGUUUCUUGCGCUGAUAUACUCAACCUUGCCACUAGAGAUGCUGUUCACAUGGCCGGAGCACCGUCUUAUCCUGUAUUCACAGGAAGAAGAGACGGUGGGGCGUUAAAUGCAGACGCCGUCGAUCUACCGUCACCGUCCAUAUCAGUGGAGGAGUCAUUGGCAUAUUUCAAGUCGAAAGGUCUUGACGUUUUGGACAUGACUACUCUUCUAGGAGCGCACUCGAUGGGGAAGACACAUUGCAGCCACAUAGUGAACAGGCUAUACAACUUCAAAAACACAGGAAAACCAGAUCCUACCAUGAACACAACAUUGGUGUCAGAACUUCGAUACCUUUGUCCUCCAAGAACACAAAAGGGCCAAACUGACCCACUUGUUUACCUAAACCCAGACUCAGGAUCGAGCAACAGAUUCAGCAACUCCUAUUAUUCUCGUGUCUUGUCUCAUAACGCUGUCUUGGGCGUGGACCAACAGUUGAUCUACAACGAUGACUCGAUGGAGAUCACGCAGGAGUUUGAUGCAGGUUUGGAAGAUUUCAGAAAGUCUUUUGCGUUGGCAAUGUCGAGGAUGGGAUCCAUCAAUGUGUUGACCGGAAAAGCUGGAGAGAUUCGCCGGGAUUGCAGAAUUACCAACGCUAACUACGGGGCUUAAAUAUAUUUAUAUAUCGUAUUUUAUGUGGUAUACUAUAAUCUAAAUAUUUUGAUAAAUUUAUCAUCGAUAAGGAUGGUGACCAAAUAACAGAGAUCCAAUUAUUUAAUUCAUCCCUUGUAAUAAUAUCAUUUUUGAAACUUCCGCUUGUAAUAA